UUGCUGAAUUACUCUCUUAUGAUGGCGGAGAAAUCACAAGGAGGCCAGGAGAAGAGCAGGAGAGACAUCCUGAGGUCCAUCAAGAGGGCAUGGACUCCCCUGGAUAAGCAGCUGCCCCCUGGCUCCGUGGAGGAGAGCCACAGUGUCACCACUCCCAUGCUAGAAGAGUCCAAACAAGAAAGUAUUCAGCAGUGGCUGGACUCUGGAUUCUUUGGCUCUGUAAAUGAAAACUUUCAGCCAGUCAUCGACCACAUUGUUCCUUUCCACGAACAAGGAAUGGUUCAAAUGACUGUGAAAGACUACAUGAGAUCUCUGCAUCAGAUUUCAGAAACUCCCACUCUCUCCAGAGGGACCAGUUUCAACUCUUGCCAUUCUGCUGCAAGUAUACCACAAAGCAUUCCUGAAUGGCUGGAAUUUUGGGAAAAAGAUCCAGUGGAGAUUCUCUUGGAUCUGGGGUUUGGUGCUGACGAGCCAGACAUCUGCACAAAAAUCCCAGCCAGAUUCCUGGGUUGUGGCUCAGCAGCCAGAGGAAUCAACAUCCAUGUUUUUCUUGAAGCUCAAAAGCAGCGAAUGGACAUUGAGAACCCUAACUUGUACAGCCGUUUCCGACAGCUAAAAAUAUUGGAUCAUGUGGCCAGUGCUUUCUCAUCUUUGCUGAAUGAUGUUAGCAUCCUGCAGAGCAACGCUGAAGAGGAAGAUGAAGGAAAAACUGUGCAAGGAACCUCAGUGAGUGAAGCCAAAGAGCGUCGAAGAAGAUUGGGUGAGCUUUUUAGGAGAAGUUCAAAGCAGAGCACUAGAAGGGAUUAUAGCCUGGAAGCAUCAAAGUCAUUGAAGAUGAGAAAGCAAUUUUCCCUCAUCUCUGCAGAAGCAGGGGAGUGUGGAGCCGAGUUGCCAGCCAUGACAAACAAACAUGAUCACAGUCACUUGUCUCCUUUGGCAGAGCGUUGGUCUCUCCAAGCCUGUGAUGACUGGACAACUUGUCAUCCUUCCCAAGCUCUUCUGAGCAAGCAGUGGUCUCACUCAUCUGUGCUGGCCAAGCAGGCUCCUCUUUCCUGUGUGUCUGAGGGGUCAGUCAAGGACAGAACUCGAAAGGAGAACCCAAUUCAGACUAACAAACUCAAGCGCUUGUCUCAUGUUGCAGACAAAACACCAGACUCCUUCGAAAUGGAAGAGGUCCAGAGCUUUGAAGAAGAGGCUGGUAAUCCUCUUGACAUGACUUCAGGAACUGUAGGUGCCAUGGUGAACAGAGCAAACAGCUGCCAGUCUGAUAGCAGCGGGUUCCUGGAGGAGCCACCGGAGCCACCACCCCUGCAGACACCCUCCGUGUCAAGCUGCCAGAGUCCUGCUGAGAAUGGACAUAGAAAGCCGAGGGAUCAGAGCCACCGUGCAGAGUUAUCCCAGGACUGUCAGCAAGCGUCAGAUGAGUCUGAUUCCAAGAGCAUAGUGAGCACAUCUUUUUCAAGUCAAGACUGGAGUGUCUUGGAAGAAAAAGCCUCAGCCUCCGUGGGGGAGAAGGAGUCUCAGUUUGAGGCCAUGGAGGGGCCCCCAGAGCUGCUGACCCCAGAUCUGACCUUUGACAAGACCACCCCUGGGGGUGAACUCCCGAGGAAAGAAGGCCAUCUGCAGCAGCACCCACCUGUGCCCCACGCUGAGUAUGAGGCCGUUGUAGGCACGGUUACCUCCAAAUAUGACUGCCCUCUGGGUCCGAUGGUGCCACACAUCACAGACGUGAAGGAUGGGUUUCUGAGGCUUGAGCAAGCUAGGGAAGUCUACAUGCGAAGCCACCCCUGUGAGUCUCAGAGAUCACCUGGAAUUGAUGCUGCUCAAGACAAGUCCCUUCAUGUUGUUGACUCAGAGGCCCCAAGAGGAGCAGAAGGCAGUAAACUCUGUCCUGACAUGAACAAUGCCUUUCUGAUGCCAAAACAUCUCCCACAGCAUGUCUCCAAGCCCAGUGAAAUCAUGCCCUAUACAGGCAACCUUGUUCAAACAUCUGGAAAGCCCAUUCCCCAUCUAGAUAAAGUGGCUGGAGAUACUCCCCAAGAGAGGCCAAGGUGUAGUGCUUUGGGUCAAAUACCACCUAGGGAAGAAUCUGAGAUGGAAAACCUUCUUCCAAAUACUAACUUAAAUGCUGUUAGCGCCAAGUCUGUGACAAUCCAGAUGUCCUCCAAACUGGCACCAGCUGCUCAGAAUGCUGUGGUCUUGGGAAUGGAUUCUAGAGAAGCAACUUUAGAAUGCACUAGGUGUGACCCUCUUACCACAGCAGAACCAGGACUGGGGACACAAGCAAGACAGUGCACUGAUGUUUCUGUUCAGACUUAUGCAUGUGAGCCUACACCCUGGCAUUGCUGUUCAGCUCCAGGUAGAAAGGUCCAGCCCCUCACCAAAUCUGUCUCUCUAGACACAGGCUUCCCUAGCAUCUACCCAGGGGGCAUCUGCCAAGCUGUGCCUGCCCCCUGUUGUGUCUGCUGUCAUCACCAUCUCCACUGCCAUGCGGAGAGGCAAAGCCCCAGCUCUGCGUCUUCAACCUGUAGGCACUGCACGUGCUCACACAAUCAUCGGGAAGCCCAGUUCAUGAAGACUUUGAAAGUCCUUCAGGACACCACUGUGAGGGAGCUGUGUUCUUGCACAGUCCGUGAGAUGGAAACAAUGAAGACGGUAUGCCAGAGUUUCCGGGAGCAUUUAGAAGAAAUUGAGCAACACCUUAGAGGACAACAGGCACUCUUUUCCAGGGACAUGUCAGAGGAGGAAAGGGAAGAAGCUGAACAACUGCAAACUUUGCGCGAAGCCCUGCGGCAGGAGGUGGAGGAGCUAGAGUUUCAACUAGGAGACCGGGCUCAGCAAAUUCGAGAAGGGAUUCUAUUGCAGCUUGAGCUUCUCACAGGGGAACUAUCUGAACACUACACAAAUCUGCAUCCAUAUAACUGGACAGAAGAAAGGAAUGAUCAGACUUCAUGUGCUAAGAGCCACCACAUCAGGGCUCCUGGUGCUGCCUUUCCACCCAGUGAUGGCCAGUGGGCUCCCUGCUCAGGUGUGGCCCAUUUAGCUGCCUUUUCUCCAUCCACCUUGGGGAGCAGCACCAGGAUGUCUCCUCCAGCUUGGGCAGAAUUAGAUCCAGGCUCUCUGCCAAAUUGUUCUGUUGGAGAAAAGGAUACAGAUGCCUUCCUCUAG